GAUUAGUAGAAAAAGAAGAAGACCUAGUUUGCAAAAGCAAGGUGUGAGCCUUAGACAAGGAAAGAGAGAGGACGAGUAAUCCUAUGACCAAAAGUGAAGCCAAACUGACACCAGGGAUUUUGAUCAUCGACGUAUCUUUGGGGUAUUGUUAUGCAUUGAAUAUUUAAAAUAAAAACAUGAAAUGUAUUUAAAAUGAAGAAUUUGUGUACGGUAAAUGUUUUAUUAAGUUGCUCAUAUUACGUACAUAUGUUUCAAUACAUACAUAUGUUUUUAUUACGAAUUUUAGAUGAUGAUUUACUUUAUUUUUUAUGAAAUUUUAACCUUCAACGAACACCCACCACUGGCAACCCAUUGUUAUUUUUGACGUGACCGCCAUGUUUCUGGUGACAAACAAACCAAAAACUGGCUUCACUUUUGGAACGUGUGUGUUAAAUGGGUGUUACCCGUCCUCUCUUUUUUCCUUGUCUAAGGUGUGAGCAAGGUUAGGUUAGAAGUGUUGAGUCAUGUCGUGUCUUUGUUCUUUUUGGAUUUGUAAGUGUUGAGUGUUGUGGCUUUUAUAAAAUGAUUAUUUACUUGCUAGAAAAAAAGCUCUUACGGCUGAAACUACUAGUGACCUUAAUACAGAUACAGAGGCGGGUAAUAAAAGAUGUAGAAAGAAGAAAAUUAUAUCCUCUUCUUCUGAAUCUGAUGAAAAUGAUGAACCUACGGAACAUGCAUCAAAUAGGGAAGCAAUUUAAAGUUACUAAAAUGCCUACCCCACCAAUUUGGACCAACGACAUGGCUGAAAUAGUAGACGAGUUAACUGUUUCGAACACACCAAGUCAAACAGGCAAUAGUUCUACCCCCUGCUUUACCCCUGGUCAAGUUCAUCAUGAUCGUAACAUGGGUCCAGGUUCGAAAAGCAAUUACACCACACCAAAAAGGGCCUUGAAGGAAAUACAUGAGAAUUUGAAUAAUGUUGAUUUUAUUUUUUUCCAAACUUGGUGGUAACAAUAUAUACGAAUUCAUUAGGCGUUGCAAUCGGGCCCCUUGUAACUGAUGGCCUGGCCGAACAAUUUUCCUUUACAGGAAACUGGAAGGAAAGGAAAACUGGUUUUUGAAAAAUUAAAUCUAGCUAAAUCUGUACUAGAAGCUGGGCAAAAGGCACAUGGGAUCAAUGGGAUCACCAGAAAGGAGAUUGAAAAAAAAAUUGGCGAUUGACUACGAAGAGCCAAAGAAAGAAUAUUAAGAACAGAGAAAUUGAAUGUAUAAACAUCUUAUGUAACAUUUUUUACUAAGUAUCGGGAAAUAAAACAUUGUUAAACAAAUCAUAGCAUUGUGCAUCAGUUGCUAUACAGGGUGUAUCAACGAUGUGUGGGUGAGCGAUAGGUGCUUCCCUAUUUGAGAUAGGAAAAAAGCCUUAAAUAAAAGUUGUGAAGAUCAGUGAAAUCUAUGUUACAAAAAUAUUUACCCUUAUACAGGGUGUUGGAUAAAUGUGUGACUUAUCAAAGAUAUGUUUUUUUAAAUGGAACACCCUAUAUAUUUUUACUUUAAAAUCUUUUUAAUGAGUUGAUUUCAAUGGUACUUCACACUUACUAUCUAUUGUGAUUAGUUGAGGAUCUACAGCUACUGGAAAUUGUCAAUUUUUCAAAUUCAGGUGGCUGUAGUAGCUAAACCAGUAAAAAUUUUUAAAAACGGCUUUCAUGUCCCUUUCCUAACUUUUCAAGUUCUAUUGAGUGACAUGAAAAAUUAUUUAAUACAGUCAUUUAAUACAACGUGAAAGCCAUUUUUCGAAAUUUUGGACUGUUUAGCUACUACAGCCACCUGAAUUUGAAAAAUUGACCAUUUCCAGUGGCUGUAGGUCCUCAACUAAUCACAAUAGAUAGAAGUGUGAAGUACCAUUGAAAUCAGCUCAUUGAAAAGAUUUUAAAAAUAUAAAGAUAUAUAGGGUGUUCUAUUUAAAAAAACAUAUCUUUGAUAAGUCACACCUUUAUCCAACACCCUGUAUGAGGGUAAAUAUUUUUGUAACAUAGAUUUCAGUGAUCUCUACAAACUUUUAUUUAAGACAUUUUUUCCUAUCUCAAAUAGGGAAGCACUUAUCGUCCACCCACACAUCGUUGAUACACCCUGUAUGUACUUGUUUACCAAUGCUUUAUACAGGGUCUUCAUUUCAAAACUAGACAGUUCAAAUAUAUUUUGAUUGUAGUAAAAUGUAAAAAAAUUAAAAAAACACGUAAAAUUUUAUAUCAAGGGGGACACUUUUUUUUCGUAAUUGCAGCAUCGAUACUUCAACCCUCGAGCAGUAGAGUGAACUCCUGAAAUUUAUAUAGGGAAAGUACCAAGUGUGCCAUAUUUUUGAAAAGGUAAUUAUAUGGGGAAUUCAGCAAUACCAAUAUUGUUGUGUCAAAUUCCGAUUUUAGCGCCCUCUUGAGGAAAAAAUAAUCGUUACGUAAUUCAAAUUGUGACACCUCAUUCGAAAGCUAUUUCUAUUGCUAAUUAAAGGCAAUAAAUAAUAUUAUCCUGAAAUCAAAUUUCAUAAGUGAAAUCACCUAAAAUAACAGACUUAGUAGGAUCACACUUUCCAAUCUCAUUUGAUUUCAAUUAUUAAAUGUGAAUUCAGGAUAAUUUUAUUUAUUGCAUUUAAUUAGCAAUAAAAAUAGCUUUCAAAUGAGGUGUCACAAUUUGAAUUACGUAACGAUUAUUUUUUCCCCAAGAGGGCGCUAAAAUCGGAAUUUGACAACAAUAUUGGUAUUGCUGAAUUCCCCAUAUAAUUACCUUUUCAAAAAUGUGGCACACUUGGUACUUUCCCUAUCUAAAUUUCAGGGGUUGUUCACUUCACUGUUCGAGGGUUGAAGCGAUGCUGCAAUUGCGAAUAAAAAGUGUCCCCCUGGAUAUAAAAUUUGAUGUGUUUUUUAUUUUUUUUUUUACAUUUUACUACAAUCAAAAGAUAUUUGAACUGUCUAGUUUUGAAAUGAAGACCCUGUCAUUUCCGAUACCUAGAAGAAAAUAUGUGGCUUAAAGAAAAUGUUAUUAGUUUUUAAAUAAAUAGCUCUUUUAUUAAGAAAUA